GGCCUGCGCAGCUCCUCCGCCGCCGUGCCCCUGGCCCCGGGGCUGGAGAAGGGCAGGGCUCUCUCCUACGAGAGCCUGAACGGCUGCUUGGUGGAGUACAUCGAGAAGGUGCGAGCUCUCGAGCAGGUCAACCAGGAGCUGGAAGAGCACAUCAGAGUCUACCUGGACAAGAAAGCGGCCAGCGUGGGCAGCUGGGGAGUGCUGCGGGAGAACUGGGAGGCAAUUUACCAUCAGGUGGGCGAAGCAGUCCUUGAAAAUGCUCGUCUUAUGCUGCACACCGAGAACAUUCAAGCCUGUGCUGAAGAUUUUAAAGACAGGUAUGAAAAUGAGCAGCCAUUCAGAAAGGCAGUGGAAGACGAAAUUAAUUCCCUAUAUAAAGUGAUUGAUGAUGCUCAUUUAACUAAAAUGGAUCUGGAGAGUCAGAUAGAGAGCAUGAAAGAAGAACUAACUUUGCUGUCAAAGAAUCACGAAGAAGAUGUAAAGGUGUUAUACAAGCAGCUUGCUGGAUCUCAGCUGGAAGAACUUGAUGUUCCCCCAGGAAGUGGCUUGGACGACAUACUGGAAAAAAUCAGAAUCCACUGGGAGAGAGACAUUGAAAAGAAUCGUGCUGAGGCAGGUGCCCUGCUCCGUACCAAGCUACAGGCUGAAACAACGGCUGCCGUGAGAACCCAGGAGGAAGAGCUGGUGGAGGGCCUCAGAACUGAGUUCCAUGAAACUGCCUGCAAAAUACAGAGCUUGCAAGCAGAAACCGAAUCUUUGAGAACGUUGAAGAGGGGUCUGGAGAACUCUUUAUAUGACGCCAAGCACUGGCAUGACAUCGAACUGCAGAACCUAGGCUCUGUCAUUUCCAAGCUGGAGGCAGAGAUGGGAGAAAUCAAAGUAGAAACUGAGCAGCAGCAGCGGGAUCGUGAAAAUCUGCUGACCAGCAAGCAACAGCUGGAGAAAGACAUUGCUGCAUAUCACUGCCUCCUGGAAGGAGAACAAAGCAG